GGCGCCCUGCUGGUCCAGCUCAACACCCUCGGCAUGACGGCCACCCUCGUCGACAGGUACCGCCGCCUUCUCCGAGAAGGCCUCAAGCCCAAUUUGCUCAUCUACAACACCGUCGUCAACGCGCUGUGCAAGGAUGGGAAUGUCACGGAUGCGCUAUCGGUCGUGUCCGAGUCCGGGAUGAAGCCUGAUGCGUUCACCUACAUGUCGAUGAUCAUCGGGCAUUGCAAGAACAACGACCUGGGUUCGGCAAUUGAGGUUUUCACUCGAAUGGGUCAAGAGGGGUGCGAGCCGAACGCCGCGACAUACUCGAACCUCAUCAACGGGCUCUGCGACAGCGGGAGGGUGGAUGAGGCGUUGGAUCUGAUGGGCGAGAUGGCGCGGCGUGCCGUUCCGCCCACAGCGAACGAUUUCACUGCCCCUAUCGCUGCAUUGUGUGACAAGGGGCGCACUGGAGAUGCCUGGAGGCUGUUUGUCGAUAUGAAAAGGAAGGGAUGCAGGCCAACCGUGUACACAUACACGUCGCUCAUAAGUGGGCAGCGUGCGCCGAGGGUGGCCAUUGGGCUGUUCCACAGGAUGGCAAGAGAUGGCGUGCUCCCUGAUACGGUGACAUAUAGUGCCCUCGUAAAUGUUCUGGUGGAGGAUAGCAAAAUGGAUUCUGCACUUGUCGUCUGCAAUGCGAUGCAGAGACAUGGAUGUUUGCCCAACACCAUCACGUACAAUAAAAUGAUCAAAGGCUACUGCAAAAUCGGUGAUACCGACAGGGCAAUGGCGAUGCUGAUCAGUCUGUUGAAGGGCACACCUACAGCUACACUCGUGACAUACAACACCAUCAUCAAAGGAUACUGUGACUCGGGGAAUAUUAGUGCUGCUCUUAAGAUUCUAGAGCUUAUGGAGGCUAAUGGGUGUGAACCUGAUGAGUGGUCUUAUAAUGAACUGAUCGCUGGUUUCUGCAAUGUAGGCGAAAUGGAAUCGGCUUCUAGGUUGUUCAUUGAAAUGGUGGGUCAUGGGCUACGCCCAGAUGAAGUUACCUACAAUACACUCAUAAGCGGAUACUGCACGGACGAGAAACUGGACUGUGCAGCAGAAAUGCUGGAGCACAUGAAGGAAAGUGGCUGCAGACCAACCGUUCGAACUUAUAAUGCCCUAAUCCAUGCUCUAACCAAGCAGAAUAAUUUUUCUGCUGCGGAGAGACUGUGUGAAGUGAUGCUUGAAGAAAAGAUAUCUCCGAAUGUAGUCACUUACAAUACUAUGAUUGAUGGGUUGUGCAGAAAUGGUGCCACAUCUUUGGCCCUUGAAAUGCUCAACAGGAUGGUUGAAAACAGUUGCCUACCUGAUCUGCGUACUUACAGUUCUCUUAUCCAAGCUCUGGGCCAAGAAGGCAAGGUAGAGGAAGCUGAGAAACUGUUUUCAGAUUUACUGAGGCAAGGGCAUACUCUCGAUGAAGUUGCUUAUAUCAAGAUGAUUGAAGUUUAUAUAAUUUCAGGCAAAGUUGAUCGUGCCUUUGAUCUCUUAGGCAAAAUGAUAAAUGCUGGAUGCCAACCAACCUUGUGGACAUAUGAUGUUUUGAUUAAAGGCUUGAAAAAUGAGUACCUGAUGGGUGACCAGAAACUUGUGUCCUUGCAUGAUUCGGUCUCAAACUGUAGUUUUGAUGACCAAGCCAUUAAAGAAUAUGCCAUUUCAGUUUUAUCUUCUAAGUUAGCAGACGUAGAUCUUGGGCUAUCUCGACAGUUGAAUGAUGCGUUUUUGUCUGGAUUAAGCAGAAGUGGGAGAUGGUAUGAGGCAUAUAAGCUGUACAGAAGCACGGUUGGUCAGGGUUUAUGUCCAAACCAGGAGGCAUAUAAUUAUUUCAUUAUUUCAAUAUUAAGAGCCCGGAAAGUUGACCUGGCUAUGAGCGUAUUCAGACAUAUGUCUGCUCAACAUCGUGAACUAGAUCUUGUUGGUUAUAAAGCACUAAUAUGCGCUUUAUGCCAAUUUAACAGAAGGAAAGAAGCCCGAUUUAUUUUUGAACACAUGCUGUCGAGGCCUUUCGAUCCUGAUAAUAUUGUAUGGACUGUCCUCAUCGAUGGACUGCUUGGGGCCGGAUACAAAGACUUGUGCAUGGAAUAUCUGCACAUCAUGGAAAAUAAUCAUCGUGAGCCUAGUUUCCGUUCAUACAACAUUUUAGCAAGAGAAGCCUUAAAAAAGCAGCCAUCACUAGGAUCAGUUGGACUUGAUGCACAGCAGUAAUUUGGGGAUUUUUCUUGUGAUACCUGAUAUAUGCCAGAGCUAUCCAUCCUGGAGUUAGUUAGGUGGCUAGAGGGACCUCUUCAUUGUUUGUUAUCUUCCUCAUGGUUAUCUAUUUCCAAGCCUUUGGUAUUGUGCUUCCAGAUGAGCUUCAUUACAAUGGUUAUGCUUUGUGUCCUGCCUGUUCAUUUGCAACCAAUAUCUGCGUCUCUGCAUGAAGCACAGCGAAAAUUUCCUUGUUAACCUUUUGGGGAAAGGAGGGAACCUGAGUACUCUAUCCAUUCUGUUCCUGUUGAUGGUCAUGAUUAUGAAGCCAUGCAGUUUGGAAGAUAUUGUUGCAAAUUCCUUGAUGCACUUGUCCAAGAUGAGAGGGGGCGCCUUGAUUGCUGCAUCGAAUUGGAGACAUGAUCAGAUGGUCAAUAUUCGAUGUACUGAAGCUGCUGCACCCCACGAUGGGCUGAAUUUAGUCGAAUAUAUUGGCACACCUAUGUUAAGGCUGAUUCUCUGCUAUGAGGUGACUGAGACGGACGCAGAAUUGGGGAUGAAGCUUUAUGGUCGCUGCUGAAUUUCCUGGUAAAACUCGUCCUGGAGGAUGUACUACUGUUUAAAAGUUAAUGAAGGCUUGUCAUCCUGUCAGCUUCAGGUCCCAAGCUGAUGUGUACCUGUAGAACUCAACCAGGACGGCACUAGCCUAAUUGUCUGGCACUACAACUGUAGAAGCACUCUGAUCACUUGUCACUGCAUACAUCCUAUGUGCCAUUGUUAGUGUAGGUAAUUGCUCUCAGCUGCUCACAUUCAGGCAGACUGCCCAGUGUCAGCUGUGACUGUCAUAGACUGUAUAUUUGGAGCGCCUCUCUGGUUACAUUGUUUCUACUCCUUUAACUAAACUGCUCUCUGGGGUGUGUUUGGUGUUCGUUUGACCCGACGGGAGCCUCCAUGCGGACCAUGCCAGGUGUAAUCGUCUGGUGGUUCCAACGGCUGGCUGAUAUUCGAUCUGGAGAAGCGCAAGUUCGCCGGUGUUCAGCGGGCUGCUCUCCUGAGUUCAGUAGUAGUACUGUACUUAAUUAGGGCCACCAUAUUGUAUGCCCAUUUCUACUCGACGUAGCAUUUUGUUUGAAGUGUAGUUAGCGGUGUUUUGCUCGUGGAUACUAGUCUAAUAGACUUCAAUUUGGUACAUAAUUUGUACAAGAAAUAGAAGAAAAUUCUUUUCUACUCCCUCUGUUUCAAAAUAAAACUGCUCAAAUUUGUCUACAUACUGUUGUACAUGUUUUCAAAAGUGAAAUUACAGUGUAAUUUGAUUAAAAUUAUAUGUUCCGGGUCAUGUAAAUACUAAUGUAAUGAGUUGUAAUUUAGGCUACUCCCUCCAUC